AUGACUCAGUUUGGCAUUCUCCAUCACUGCCUGAGUCUGCUCUUUGGAAAGCAGGACGCGUUGCAACAGGCUUCCAACGACAAUACCCACCUUGAUCCUGACGCGGUUCGCGACCCUAAACUCACCUUGGAUCUCGGCGAGAACGUUUCUCGAGUUGGCAAGACGUCUUCAGACGCGCCAACGAGACAAGAAACAGCGAUUGGCCCUCUACGGCAACAUUGGGUCUACUCGCACUUCACCAUGUCGACUUAUCAACAACACGCCAGAGUCGUGAAAGGCACCACUGCCGCAAAACAGCGACCUGAGAGGCCCAUAAACCCCCUGCGAAUGAAUCCUGUCAUCAUCGGGGCGCCUAAUCACUCAGAGCACAUGGUCAUUGGUCGAAUUUCUCUCCAGGAUGACGAUCAGAGGUCGCUUGUAUCCUCGGAGGCGGGUGAAUCUGACACCUCGAGCAUCGAGGCGCCACGCAGACAGUCUGGAGGCCCAGCGUGGGAGUCUGACGUCCGCUUGUGUCGCUCCUCCCUUUGCCUGAACCAGUCACUGUUGACAACGGAGAGCAUGUUUGGAGACGAAAACAACGUAACAGACCUUCUUGUGUCAUCCAAGAACUUUGGAAUCUUCGAAGACAAUGGUUCAUCCGGCACGUCUCGAACAUUCCAUGGCUCGUACUACAACGACAACACCGCAAUGAUUGAACCCCUUAUCCACGAGAUUGAUGAUUUCCUUGAGACUUUUGGAUACCAAGGCUCUCAAACCUUCCAGAUCUACAGUUUCAUGGGUUUCGACUCUCGCCACAGCGUCCAUCGCUCUAAAGUUGUCGAUGCGUUGGUUGUCGAGAUCGACGAUCGUCUCAAUACACUUGGAGCCCGCCAGUCGCCAGAUCUGCUCGUCGAUGACUUCCGUCGCAGAAAGGACUUCCAACCUUCUUCCGAGCCCCUAUCCUUAAGCAUCCUCAAAAAGAAGAAAUCAAGAUUUCAAGGAGGCGUCUUUUCUCACCUGUCAGCAAAGCCAAAGGGUUUGUACACCAUCAAAGAAAAGGAGGCAGCGCCUCUUUGCCAAGGCUCUACUUUGUCAGAAUCCCUUCACAAGUCGGCCAACAAGGAUUUCCUGAACGCUUCUGCGAUUCCUCGGCCGUUGCGCAUCAUCAAGGUGGGCAACCCAGGCGCAGUGCGUGGCCAAGGCCAGGGUUGUGGAACAUUGCCCUUCCAAGACAACACGGCAUCCAUGGCCCAUCGAGGCGCUGAGAAGCCAAGACGUCAGAGGGAAUACUUUGCGUCAUCUCCUCUCACUGACUCACAGCAAAUCGGCCCCCUGUUCGACGAGAGCAACUUCGGCCAGCCCGUGAUCCCCCUGCCUGCUUGUUUCUCGCCCCGGCUCACCCUGUUCUCUGAGUCCGAUUACCUGCCUUACAUUGACCUAGACCCUACGCAGUCCCCUGAACUGGCUUCGGUCCAAGAAUAUGACGCUACUAACCUGCCUCUCGCGGCGAGCGAUUGGGACGAGGAGGACUCCAUCUCUUUCCUCCUCGAUCCGAUCGAGGACGAGCCAUUUCCCCGGUGCCAGAACCCGGUCUUCUAUGAAAGCGUCGUUCAUGCUUGGUUGGAAGACUCGAUCCACCACCAGGCCCCUCAUGAGGCCUCUAGUGAAUCCAAUGACGGAAACCAAGACGAUCUUGGACUGUCAAACUCUCGAGGUGUUGAUUUCAGUGCCCGCCGCCUUCCACAGGUGCCACAGCCGACUUCUCGCAGUCAGCGCGGGAUUGCCCAGGGAUCCGGCCAUCUGUCAAAGAUAUAUCCGGUUGAGCGUGAGGAAGAGGCUCGAGAUCUGGAUGAGCAGCUUCGCGUACGGGCCCAGGCCUCUCCCUGCAGGAUCUUCCUCUGGACGCUCCAUCAUUCCAGCCAGAAUUCCGAAACCGAAGGUUUGCUUGCGUAA